GGGAGCUCAACCGGUGGAUGUCUAGCCGACUCGGUCUGUCAUUUUCUGUAUGACCUGUCAUACUCACCUGUUACGGCUCAAUGCAGCCCAGAAAUAUAAACCUUUCACCUAUCGCCCCUUUCCGACGGUUGUCCCAUGCAGACAAUCGUUGGUGACAUUCGUCACGCUGGCUGCGCCUAGUUCCCACCGCCCGGCUGCGCCUGCCUGCCCCACCAAUCCCGCCAGACUCGAUAAAAUUCGAUCUCGGACACAACAGCUGGCAGGCCACCUCCACUCAACACCGCAACCCAUCGCAACCAUGACCACUCUCCCCGUCUCCGAGAAGGGAUAUCACUCCAAGGCCGCGAGCCAAUACACAGCGAGGCGGAUUGGUGCCGCCAACACACUCGAGCACCGCGUCUUCAUCGAGAAGGAUGGCGUCCCAGUCUCACCCUUCCACGAUAUCCCCCUGUAUGCCAAUGAGCAGCAGACCAUCCUCAACAUGAUUGUCGAGGUGCCACGCUGGACCAAUGCUAAGAUGGAGAUCUGCAAAGAGGAGACGCUCAACCCCAUCAAGCAGGACAUCAAGAAGGGCAAGCUGAGAUACGUGAGGAACUGCUUCCCGCACAAGGGCUACCUCUGGAACUACGGUGCCUUUCCCCAGACGUGGGAAGACCCGAACGUCAUCCACCCCGAGACCAAGGCUAAGGGUGACAAUGAUCCCUUGGACGUCUGCGAGAUUGGCGAGCUCGUCGCCAGGCCCGGCGAGGUCAAGCAGGUCAAGGUUCUUGGUGUCAUGGCUCUUCUUGACGAGGAAGAGACCGACUGGAAGAUCAUCGUUAUCGAUGUGAACGACCCGUUGGCCCCCAAGCUUAACGACAUCGAGGACGUUGAACGCCACCUGCCAGGUCUGCUAAGGGCCACCAACGAGUGGUUCCGCAUUUACAAGAUCCCGGAUGGCAAGCCCGAGAAUCAAUUUGCUUUCUCCGGCGAGUGCAAGAACAGGAAAUACGCCACCGACAUUGUCCGUGAGUGUGCUGAGGCCUGGGAGAGACUCAUCACUGGCAAGACCCAGAAGGGUGAGAUUUCGCUCACUAACGUCUCCGUCCCACACUCCCCGGACCGCGUCGACCCUGGCAAGCUCAACAUCGCCAAGGGUGAGAACCAUGGCCCGGCCCCGAUCGACCCAAGCAUUGACAAGUGGUUUUUUAUUUCCGGGGCUCCAUCCGGUUAGGCUUGAACUUAACGUAGACUGCUGAGCUCAGCCUAGAGUAGAAGAGGGUUGAGGAUUGUUGGAGGCAAUAUGCAUGAGUCGUUGGUUUGCAGGUUGCAGAAUUUCGUAUGGGUAAAUGGCACAUAAAUACGUGUUCAAUAUGCCAAAUUCAGAUGGCACGGAUCCUAUAGAUCCACACGAAAAGCAAAAGCUUUGGCUCAUGAUAUCAAAGUCGUAC